AUGGAUAACAAUGAGGAUUGUAUAUACACAGUUCCACCGAAAGAAUAUCCUGGAAGUCAACUUGCUGGAAAGCGGAAAAAUUUGAUACUUGACUUGGACAAUACUUUAAUUUGUGCCUUUAUUCGAAGACCCCCUAGUUUUAACCUGUUCGACAAAAGGUGGCUUUACCACGAGAUUAGAAGCAAAGAUGAACUAAGUCAGUAUUACAUCUUACUUAGACCUGGCUUGAGAGAAUUCCUAAGCCUAUGCUCGAUGCAUUACAACUUGCUAAUCUUCACAGCUGCUGAACAAGACUAUGCUGAACCUAUUUUGAAUCUCCUGUGCCCUCAAAUCCGUUCUGAGAGGCGCUUUUAUCGUGGUUCCUGCGUUAAGAUUAAUGACAUAUACAUUAAGGACCUUCGAAAACUCGAAAAUUUUAGAUUUAACGAGCGAUUAACGAUCUUAUUCGACGAUCAUGCGCCUGAUAAUACAGUGCCACAAGCAAACGGUAUGUUUUGUAGUCGAUUUGCUCCUGAUGACGAUCAAGACAACAGUAACGAAGCGAUAAAUAAUCUAUUGUCUGAAUCGGCAUCUUUGUUACCAUUUGCCCAACUAUUUUGCCAUUCCUUGUUUUUAGAUGCAGAAGAUGUUAGAGUUCCUCUUAGAAAAUAUGCUGAUACCCUUAAACAAAAAUUUGGACUCAUCCAAAGUGGUUUGUGUUAA